CUGGCCGGCCGGUUUAUUUUAUGUGGUCUGGGAUGAAAAAUCAGGCUCUUCAGAUAAGCGAUGAUGUUCCUUUUAUGUCUCUGUUCAGCUCCCCUCCCCCAUCCCUGUUUUCCUUAUGGGGAGCUUCCUGAUCUGUGCAUGAGGUGUUAGCGUGGAGCUGUGUAAUAGGAUAGAAGGGUCUUGUUUACCUCUGCCGGAAACAGGAGAGCCAGCUCCAUCUUGGGCUCCUUGCUGGCCCUGCUGGACUGAGGGAUCAGAGCAGCACUGUCCCAUUACAGCCCAGAACUGAACUGAAUCCAGGGACAGGACCCUGAUAAACCGGUUGGUUGCCAUGGAAGUGGGUUGUAGGAGAGUGCUGGCCUGGUUUUAGCUGCUGAACCUCUGUGCUGUGCGUAAUGCUGUAAAGGUUAGGAUGCCCUACAGCAAAACCUUGUGCAACAUGCCUAAAUUAGCUUACAGUGGCCACAGCCUGCUAUGAGGUACAUCAUUCAACCUCCCUGCCCCUGUGUUAGUCUGGCUCAUAUACGUCAAAUGUGCAUUGCCAGUUGUUUGUAGUUUGUAGAGUCCUAAAGUGCCAGCUGAAUUAAUAAUUGGUCACUUGGAUGACACUUCUAUCCCAUAGCAACUUGCAGGGGUUAGAGUUUGAGCUCUGCCAUCACCAGCUGCUGCUGCAUAGAUCCACCUAUUACAAUAGGCCCUGGGUUCUCCAAUCCAGUCCAUGGAUCAUCUGAUUCAUUGAAUCGCCAUCGCAUGCCGAGUCACGAGAGAGAGAGGCGUCCCGCGAGUAAAGCAAACAUCAGCCUCCCUGCCAAGAGAGAGGAGGUGGGUCAUCAGGUCUGGUGCCGUUCGCAGGUCCUCUAGAUGGAGAGGGGACAAACUGUCCGUGUUUGUGCCCAGAUAACUGCCCCUGCUGACGAAUGUGUGGUCAUGGGCUGGAGAGUUCUAGACGUUCUGGUCUCUCGCAGGACCAGGACUCCGGUCGGGAACAGCCGAGGCGGGAGGCCCUUCUGGGAAUGUCCUCCGAGCCGCCAUCUCCGGGGCAGGACCCCUGUCCCUCGUCCCCGCUGUCCCCCCUCUCCCCCAGCUCUCUCCGCCUGCCGGACGGGGGCCGCCCCCGGGACCGCUCCCCCUCGCCCAUGCGGGGCUACCUGAUCCCCAGCCCCCUGCCCACCCGCCGGUCUCGGACCUGCUCGGCGGCGGCGCGGGCCGCGGAGGGCCCCGUGUUCCCCGGCGUCUGCAAGUGCUUCUCGCGAUCCAAGGGUCACGGCUUCAUCACCCCGGCCGACGGCGGCGCCGACAUCUUUGUCCACAUCUCGGAUAUCGAAGGAGAGUAUGUGCUGGUGGAGGGCGAUGAGGUCACCUACAAGCUCUGCUCCAUCCCACCCAAGCAUGAGAAGGUCCAGGCCGUGGAGGUCAAGAUCACCCACCUGGCACCGGGAGCGAAGCACGAGACAUGGUCAGGGACAGCGACCUUCAUCCCGAAGCCCUUUCUCCAGCGCAAGUAGGCUUGGAAGACUGACCACGCCUUGUGGAUUUUGUACAGCCCAGUUAGAUGUGCAAUCUCGGCCUUUUGCAAGAUGUGCCUUUCAGGACCAGAUUUAGAACUGACCGUGAGAUUUCCAUGAGGGGAGUCCACUUCUUAAUGUUGCUGUUCCCCAGGUUCAGCCCCCGACUAAUCUCCUACCCUGCUUGGUAGAAUUCGACUUAUUGUACUGUAAUGUAGGCUUUACUCUCUCUUUUUUUCCUUCAAAAUAUCUUUGCCCUUUCCCAUUUUCUGUAGCUCUGAGAAUAGCCAUUCCAAAUGUGUUUUACCUUUGGGAACAGUCUUAUUUGUCUUGCUCCCAAGUGGAUGCUUUCUGGAAAUGGAUAUAAAGAAAGCUAAUGGAAACUUUUAGAACAGCCCUCGCUAUCUAUAAGAAAGCACUAAAGGUGUUAUUUUCACAGUUGUUCACCAUCACCCCUUUCUUGAAUUGAUUUCUGCCAUUGUCCAUCAAGCUCUUGGUGUACAUCAAAGUAUUACCUUGUUUUUAAAGUUCUUUGGGUUUCUCUGCUUAUCUGGCUUAUUAUCAGAGUACUAUUUUCUGACAUGUGCUUUCAGUUCACGUGUCAUAAUGAAAACUCUGCAUUGCCUAGUAAUUGGUAAUACAUUUCCAGUUUUUCUUAAACUACUUGUUAACCUGAAUAUUGGGUUAAGGGCCCCAAGAAAGUCAGAUAGUCAAGCAUCUUUCCUUUUGUAUCCAUAACUUGAGGGAGGUAAUUUAAAAAAUUAAAAUUGAACAGUGUGCUUUGUUUGAAAAAUGACAAAAGAAAGUGUUGUGUUUCUCUCUUAGUAGAGGAGUAAACCCCUUUAUACAGCUACAAGUACAUCAGUAUAUUAUCUGCAGAUUGUAUGACCAGUUUUGCUCUUUUGUUAAAGGGCUGUUAACUAUCUUCUUUGUGGAAAGGUUUACCUAGCCUUAAGUUUUCUUUCAUUCUAGCAGAGUUAAAGCAUUGCUCUGUGAAAUACUAUGAAUGCAGUGGUUUGAAUAAAGUCAGCUUGCAAAU